AUGACUGUUCCACUCAUCACCGAUAGUGCGAGCCUCCUGGCCCCGUUCAAGGGCCGAGAGAGCCUCAACGCGCUCAUCGACACGCUCAUCCACUUGAUGGGCGACGGAAUCUGCAUCUCUUACAUCAAGUCGGCCGAGCCCUUCGAAUGGCAGCACAUCACCGCUGCCCAACUCGACAGCUGCAUCCGUGCAGCCACUGCCUACUACGCCCAGUACAUUCCCGUCAGACGCAAGGACGAUCCCUGCCGUCACAUCUCGCUCUUCACAGAGUCGAGCUUCGACCAUCUGGUCACGCAGAUGGCGCUCAUGCGUCUUGGCUACGGUGUCGUGCUCAUUUCGCCCAACAAUUCUGUCCCGGCCGUCGCGCAUCUCGUCAAGGCAAUGGCCUCCCAGACGCUCGUAUUCGGCCCUAACAAGGCAGCGGAGGCAGACAAGGUCAAUGCUGAGCUCAAGCAGGCACAGCACGACAGCCUCAAGGAUCUCGACCUGAUUGGCCUUUUCUCCGUAAAGCAAAUGAUCGCCGCCGGCCGACUGCCUCCUGCGACGAACCAGAAGGAUCCUUUCCGCUCGGAUGUGUCGUACGAACAAGAGGCUCAGCAGCCCUCGCUCACCAUGCACUCAAGCGGCAGUACCGGCUUCCCGAAGCCCUACUCCUACUCACACGAGACUUACAUGUCCAUCAUCGCCGACUUUAUGCCGUACGAUGCUCUGUGCACGGCUCCCAUCUACCACGGUUUCGGAUGCGCCGUCUCCUGGAGACAUCUCAUGCAUCGCCGCCGCCUCUACAUCUACUCUGGCACCGCGCAGCCUGACCUUAUUGCCCAGGCCGCCCGCAACAGCACCGCGGAUCUCAUUUACGCCGUGCCCUUUGUCUUCAAGAUGCUCAGCGAGCACGAGGCUGGCCUGGAAGCACUGCGCAAUGCUCGCAUCUGCUGCUACAGUGGCGCUCCUUGCCCUAUCGAGGUCGGCGACAUGCUGGUCGCCAAAGGCGUCAACCUCAUCGCCUUCCUUGGUUCCACCGAGUUCGGCCAAGUAAUGGACAGUCUCCGCGAUUUCAAGACGGACAAAGGCUGGAACGUGAUGCGACCCAGCUCUCGCGUAGCUCCAUACCUCAAGUUCGAGAACGUCGGAACCAACGAAGAGGGGCCGUACGAGCUGGUUGUGGUCAAAGGUUGGAAGGGUCUCUCCAAGGUCAACCGCCCGGACGGCAGCUACGCCAGUGGUGAUCACUACCGCAUGCUCCGCAAUGAUGACGGCAGUAUUCACGGCUACGUCUACCUCGGUCGAGGCGACGACACGCUUGUUCACGUAAGUGGCGAAAAGACGAACCCCGUUCCGAUGGAGCAGACCGUUCGCUCUUCUCCACUCGUUCGAGACUGCCUUGUCUUUGGGGCUGGACAGCCUUGCACCGGUGCGCUCAUCAUCCCCUACGAUAGUACCUGGGCGGCUUAUGCGCAUCUCUCGGAUCAAGAGCGUCAGGCAGCACUCAAGAAGCAGAUCGAGCCGCUUUUGGCCGAGGUGAAUGCGCAGUGUCCAUCGCACUCUCGCCUGGUUCCAGAGAUGGUCCGAUUUCUGCCGGCGGAGGCGCGCUUUCCCGUGGCUGACAAGGGCAGCAUCAAGCGAGCUCCCGCCAACGCGCUCUUUGCCAAGGAGAUCCUGCAGCUCUACAACGACUUUGCUCUUGGUCUCUCGACGCCAGACAACGUCAAGAUGUCGGUCGAGAGCAAAGAGCAGCUCGAGCCGCUGAUCCGCAGCAUUCUGGAAGGCUUCAUCGGCCUCAGCCUGAAGAACAAAGAAGAUGUCGACUUGACCAGCCUCGGCGUCGAUUCGAUCAUGGACGGUCAGAUCCGUAGCAAGAUUCAUCGCUCGGUGCGCAUGGCCAAACCGCUGCCAGGAACAAUUGUGUUCCAGCAUCCAACGCCGAGGCGCUUGACCGACGCAGUGUACGCACAUGCUUGUGCCGCUGCAGGCCAGGAUAUGCCGAAAGAGGAUCAGCGGAAGCAGCAGAAGCGCAGGACGUACGAGCUGCUCAGCGAGUUGCGCUCCAAGCUCAAGCCUCGGGUUGUGUCCCAGCCGGUCGCUCAAGCCGAAGGCGAAAUCGUGGUUCUGACCGGUGUCACCGGCUCGCUUGGUGCGCACAUCCUGGACCAGCUUCGAAGCAAGCCGGGUGUCGCCAAGGUCAUCUGCCUCAACCGCGCAGGUGGCCACGAGGAAGCCCAGCAGCGUACGCUGGAGUCGCUCAAUGCUCGAGGCUUGGCACCGCUUACCCAGGCCGACCGCGUUCAGGUGGUCUCACUGGCUUCGGACAUUAGUCGACCGCUCCUUGGUCUGUCGCAAGAGGAGUACGACGCGAUUGCCAGCAGCGUGACGUGCGUCAUCCACAACGCAUGGCCUGUCAACUUUGUCAUGUCGAUCGACUCGUUCCAGAGCGUCCUCGAGGGCACGGUGCAACUUAUGAAUCUGGCUGGUCAAUCCACCGGAUCUCGCUCGCCGCGCUUCGUCUUUUCGUCGUCGAUCUCGGUCGCCCUGAACAGCUCCGCUGCCGUUAUCGACGAGGACAUUCGCGAAACUCUGGACGAUGCACUCGAUCUCGGAUACGCCCACUCCAAGUGGAUCGUGGAGAACCUGUGUCGCAGUGCGCAGGAGGUCAUCGGUGGCGGAUUUCAAUCGGUCGUCAUGCGGAUCGGACAGAUGGUCGGGGACCGAGAGCGAGGCAUUUGGAACGAGAGCGAGGCUCCGCCGCUCAUGAUCAAGAGCGCUCAGACGAUCGGCUGCCUUCCGGACGGAGUCGAAGAUCUGUAUUGGCUGCCAGUGGAUGUGGCAGGUCUCGUUGCGGCGAAGUUGACGUCUGCCGCGCUCAAGGAUGACUGCGUGCUCGUUCAUAUGGUCAGUGACGAACCGAUGCCCUGGAAGAAGGCGCUGGUAACUCUGGCGGCACCCCAGAAUUUUGGCCAGUCCUUCGAGGUGGUUCCAUACGCAGAGUGGGUUGACAGGCUCGCCCAGUCGGAUCAAAACCCUACUCGAAACCCCACCAUCAAGCUGCUCGAACAUUACCGUUCCCAGCAGGCAGACCUUGAGCGUGGUGGAAUGAGCCAGGGCAGGCUCGCUACCGUCAAAUUGCGACAGCUGCUCUCGACUGUCGAGCUGCCUCUGUCAGCCUAUCGUCCGGAGUAUCUCACCACUACGAUCGCCGCUUGGCGACGCACCAACUUCUUGCAGUAG